AUGUCAAGCUCUUUCGAACCCAUUAUGUCUCCAUUGGACGCACAGGACCUUCAGAACACUGGUCUUCUUAGCCCGCCAAGCCCUGGUGGCAGCAGUGGUGGUGGCAGUCGGCGCUUGCACAAGCGUCGCUUGAACCGCUCUAGUGAUGAGGAACAUUACAACAUCCCUCUUGAUGUUCCUAUGCAAUCUCCUGCUGGAAGCCACGCCUUUCAGGAGAUCCCAGAGUUUCUCAUCUCACGGGAAGCUCUCGUUCAUGUUGGAUUCUCCGACCACAGAGCUGCUUUCCUCUGGAAUGAAUGGUCCAUGUACAUGGCUGGUAUGCCUCAACAUGACAUUGACGACCUUCAAGUUGAUUUCAUCAGCUUCAUCUUGAACCGACUUGAUCAGCAGGUUAAUACCUGGAGCGACACGAAUUCGGAGUGGCGCUCCUGCCUCAAUUCCUAUGGCAUGUCCGACGAGUUCCAGGCUGCCAUUAUGGAUCCGAACUUCAAGUAUCUUCGCACAUCUGAAUCCUGUCACUACUGGACGAAGGAUACCGUCGAGAUGCGCUUUGCUGGAUUACAGGACAUCCAGAGAGCAUCCCGCCUGAGAGAGGCCAGUUUGCGCCAGCGGUCCACUCAACAUGGCUCUUCCGGAGCUGGACCUUCUCACUCGAGAUCUGGAUCGGCCGCUGAGAGAGAUGAUUCAUCUGCUCGCGGCCACCGCCGCAACAGAACUUCUUCGAGCAUUCAGCGGCUCGGCGCUCCUGGCGUUCAGUUGCGGACCAUGGGCACUGCUUCUGCACUUGCUGCUGCCAACGCCCCGGGAUGCACUAUGCUCUUCAAGGGCAUCGACAACGCCCGCAUUCACGGUCUCUUCAGCGAAAGCGGCAAUCUUCAAGACAUCACUGUUCUCCAAAGCAGCCCCCCCGGCGACUUCAGUGGGAAUCAGUCUCGCUACUACUUCAGCCCCGACUACAAAGUCGCUGAGUACUACGCUGCGUAUGCCAAGAGGCGCAAUAGUGUCAGUGCGGUGUGUAUUGUCUCCCUGGCUAUUCCCAACGCCGCGCUUGAGCAGAUGCAGUCCACGGAACUCGUCCGUAUUUACUGGCCCAGCGAGGAGUGGAAGGAGACGGUGUGGCUGAGCCGUAGGCGCCAGCUGUUGCCCUCGCGCCUGGCCAUGGUUUCCCAGGCCACAGUUGUCAUUGGCACGAUUGCUAAGCGUCCCGAUGAAGCUUACCAUCGAAUUCAAUCUUUCAAUGAGAUCACUGAGAACUACAUCUUGAAGGCCGAUCGCCUAAACCCGUCCGUUCAAUUCGUCUUCCACUAUCGGCGCGGAAAGGACUUCCUCGAGCAGCAUGCUGCUCAAACAAUGCGGGUCACUCCGUUUGUUAAUUCGGACCUCACCGCCUGGCUUCAGGCCAACGGCUCCUUCCUGUAG